AUGCGCUACUUCGAGAUGGUCAUCCUCGUGGUCAUUGCCCUGAGUAGCAUUGCUCUGGCUGCAGAGGACCCUGUGCGGACAGACUCUCCCAGAAACAAUGCUCUGAAGUACAUGGACUACAUCUUCACAGGUGUCUUCACCUUUGAGAUGGUGAUAAAGAUGAUUGACUUGGGACUGCUCCUUCACCCUGGAGCCUACUUCCGGGACCUGUGGAACAUUCUGGACUUCAUUGUGGUCAGUGGGGCCCUGGUGGUGUUUGCCUUCUCAGGAUCCAAAGGGAAAGACAUCAACACCAUCAAGUCCCUAAGAGUUCUGCGCGUCUUACGGCCCCUCAAGACCAUCAAACGGUUCCCCAAGCUCAAGUACUGGGACCAGAAUCAGGACCCAGUCUUCUCAACGGCCGGGUAUGAGGUCAAAUUUAAGGACCUCAAGACUCUCCACAGAGCUGCCUACGACGGCGACCUCUACGACAUGAUGGACCUGGUCCAUCUGAAAAGAAAUAAGUUAAAUGCAUAUGACAAGAAGAAGAGAAGUGCUUUGCAUUUGGCUUGCGUAAGAGGCUAUGCCAAGGUGUCCACUAUGUUGAUCGACAAGGACUGCGAUCUGAACAUCAGAGAUGCUGAAGAGAGGACACCUCUGAUAAAGGCCGUGCAAUGCGAGAGACCGCAGUGUGUCACUCUCCUCUUAGAACGUGGCGCAGAUCCCAACAUCACGGAUAUCCACGGUAACUGCGCUCUCCACUAUGCUGCCCACAGCGGCAAUGUAGAGAUUACAACAAAACUCCUUGAACAUGGUGCCGCUACAGAGAUAAUGAACAAGAAAGACACCACACCACUCUUCCUUGCUCUGAAGGAAACCCAUUCAGAUGUGGCGGAACUUUUAAUUAAGCAUAAGGCAAAUAUACAUCUAGUUGAUGGAUGUAGGAGAACAGCGCUCAUGCUUGCUGUACUUUGUAAUUCGGAAAGCUUAGUGGAUCUUCUUUUGGAGCAGAAUAUUAAUGUCUUUGCGGAAGAUUUAUUUGGACGGACUAUAGAUAAUUUUCUUCUUCCUGACUCUGAAAGCAUUCAACAGAAAAUUUUGGAAUACAAGGCAAAAAUUAAACCUAUAACUCCUGCACAAGCAAGAGCAACUUUGGUUAAGGAAAGGCGUUCUGUUUGUCAAAAAGAAGAAAUGGCUGAAAACCAUUUUUCCACCUUCACUUUAGUCCAGCCAUUCAUACCAGAUCCUCGAAUGGCCUUUGUCAACCAUUGUGAUACAGAGGAAGGAGCAAGAGAGUCAGAAGUUGGAGACAAUACCAACACGAUUGGUAUUGUUGAAAGUGCUACACAAAAGCAAAUAGAUAAAAUCUCUGUACUGUUAUCAGGACACGACAAACCAAAAGAACCAAGUUUGUAUUUGGAGAGUAUUUCAGAGACUCUUUCAGAGAAGGAUCUUAGUCAUUCAUCUCAGGAUGCCAAUCAAGAAGAGAAAAACAGAGUAAAUGCACAAGUAGAAGGACACAAAAUUUUAUCAAAAUCAGUGAAAGAGGAAGAAGAACCUAAAGGAAGUGAAAAUAACCAGCCACAGUAUAAUCUCUACUCACCUCCUAAAGUUCAUUUAAAUGAAAGAAAAAGGUGUACUGUAAAAAUGCUAACAAUGCACACGGACACUCGGCAUGCAUUUGACACAGAUGGCACUCCUGUCCGACCUCCCAACUCGUUGCAGCAGUCCACGCUUCACAAAUCUUUCCACUCUGCUCCGACGUUCUUCUACAAACUGGCGACUGCAGUCGGCUGUUGGGAAGGGUGUUGGCUGCUGGUGGCUCCCGUGGCUGCUGACAGGUCCCGUGGCUGGGUUCGGGGACCUUAUUCUCAGUGUUGUGGUUCAGAGUUUCCCUUUUGA